GACGUCAAGGUCUUGAAGCCAAUUUCCGGUGUGGCACACACGCGGAUGACGGCAACGUCUGCAACUUCUUUGCCUGAGCAACAGCCGCGGCACAUUCCCAUCAGAUCGAGAAAGUCCGGCGUGGCAACGGAUCUCCCUCCAACGAGCAGCAUGGGGCCUCGAGUGGAGCCUCCGAGUAACGUGCGCUCGCCCACGGCAAGCAAGAGGCGCAUGAAGAAGUUCCGGGACGUCGUGUCCCCGUUGGACCCAGCUGAUGCGCGUUCCGGUGUGCACAGCUCCGAGUUCCGCGGGUUAUAUAACCUGGCGAUGCUGGCUGGAGUGCUCUACGUGUUCACGACGCUCUUCACCAACCUUCUCGUGAGGAAAGAACCGGCCGACUUGAAGCUGCUGCUGUCGGUCUUCUACUCGACCCAUUUGCUCGAGGUAUUGGCCACCUUUGUGUGUCAAGCUCUGUACGCCUACACGGCACUGAUCCCUGUGUACAUGGCGGGCACCAACACGUUAUCCAACCGUCUGCUUAUCAACAUCGUGCACCACACGCUUCAAAGUCUACUCUUCUUCUUCACGAUCGUCUUCAUUGUUUGGCGCGACUGGAACCUCAUCCACGCCGUAUCAGCAUUUAUUGAAGGUCUCGUCCUGUUGAUGAAGAUGCACUCCUACAUCCGUACCAAGCUGGAGAUCGCACGCACUGAGAACAAACCGCCAUCACCAGAUAUGAAAGACUUUACCAUGUACUUGCUGAUCCCGUCGCUGGUGUACGAACCAAACUUCCCGCGUACGAACCGAAUUCGUUGGGGAUACCUCGUUGAGAAGACUUUCUCGGUCAUUAUGGGGAUUUCGAUGCUGUACAUCAUCGUUACGACACACGUCAUGCCUCGACUGGAGGAUUCCGGUACAGUGAAUCCGGUACUAUCGAUCGUGAGUCUUUUGCUUCCAUUCCUGGGAUGCUACUUGCUCACGUGGUUCAUCAUCUUUGAGUGCAUCUGCAAUGGUUUCGCUGAAGUGACCUAUUCGGCUGACCGGGACUUUUACGCGGAUUGGUGGAACAGCACAACGUUCGACGAGUUUGCUCGCAAGUGGAACAAGCCAGUGCACGAGUUUUUAUUACGACAUGUAUACUUGGAGACUCUGGACUCGUACAAGAUCUCUAAGACGUACGCCACUGUAUUCACAUUCUUCAUGUCUGCAGCUCUUCACGAAUGCGUCUUCAUCCUCAUGUUCCGUACAGUCAAGAUGUACUUCUUCACUCUUCAGAUGGUGCAGUUGGUUAUCAUCGUAUACGGUCGUGGACUGCGUGGCUCGCGCCUGGGAAAUAUCACCUUCUGGCUGGGUAUGAUCCUCGGUCUCCCGCUACAAGCCGUCAUUUACAGCCGCGAAUAUCACGGUGGUGAGCCGAUCUUUAUGGUCAUCAUGAUGCCGGCAAUGAUCUUCGGGUUUGGCGGAGUUCUCGUUGCUUCGCUGAUGCAUCUCAGCAAAACGAGGAAGAAACGAGCAUAAAGACUGCUAAGGCUGAUAUAAUAGUACGCCAAGAGAAACGUAGAAAGCGAGUAGGUAGUAAGUAUCAACAACAUGAUAGCUUUUAUGACGAGCAGUACAGUCGAGUGCCU